AUGUCCAAAAUGUUUCAUACCAUUGCUGAUCUCUCUGAUCUUGAUGCCAUUACUAAAUCAAAUAAACAACGUCUACGUCUACUCAACAUUAUUACCAAAGAAUAAAAAGUAGAAAUGCAAAUCUAAACAGAUCAAAUACUAUAAAUUUUACCAAAACAAAAUUCACUUACUCUACUCAAUCAAAGCAUUAAUUAAUACAUUCAAUAAGUUGAUCAAUAUAAUUAAUAACAUUAAUUAAAUCUUGAAGAAUUAAUCAAUAAGAUUAAAGCCACUGUCAAACGAGUAUUAAAUUAAGAAGCAUAUGUAUAUGGAUCAUUUGCAACACAACUUUCAUUACCUAGUAGUGAUAUAGAUAUUGUAAUUAUGACUACUCAAUAAAUGUAUAUUGUUGAUCAAAUGAAGAAAUUGGAAAUUGAAUUUUCAAAAUCAAAAUUUAUUGAAGAAACAAAAUGUAUUCUAUUUACUGCAAUUCCUGUUCUCAAAUUAAAAUCUAUUAACUAUCACUUUAAUAAAAAAAUUGAUAUUUCUUUUUAAGAACCUAGACACAAUGGUAUUUAAUGCGUUACAUUAAUUAAAUAAUAUCUAAAUUAUUUACCAGAAUUGAGACCAUUAACUAUGGUCUUAAAAUAAUUUUUAUUUUAAUCCUCUCUUUUAGAUCCAUAUCAAGGAGGAUUAAGUAGUUAUGGUUUAAAUUUAAUGAUUAUUUCUUUUUUAUAAUCUCGUAUUGGACAAUAACUAUCUUUAGCAUAAUGUUUAAUUGAAUUUUUAUAUUUAUUUGGAUGUGAAAUAGACUAUAUUGCUAAAACCAUUUAUGUUUUUCCACCUGAUUAAUAGAUAUCAGCUUAUCCUAUAUAUUUUAAUCCAUAAAAUGCUGUAAAUUAAAUUCCUACACUUUUUAUAUAAGAUCCUCUAAAUGAUAAACAUAAUGUAGGAAGACCUACCUAUAAUAUAUAAGCUAUUAAAUUUAUUUUUGCUGUAGGGUUUAUGAAGGCUUUAAAUUAUUAAUCAGAUUAAAUAGAUGAUUUUUUGACUUGUGGAAAAGAUAUCCAAUUAAAAUUAGAGUCUCAUAUUCAUAAUUUCUAUUAAUAAUGA